AUGGCCGCCGCGAUCGCUAACCGUAGGGCGGCUGCGCUGCUCCAGAGGCUCCUCCCCUCCGCCACCGGCCGCUCGUACAGCUCCUCCUCCGGCACGCGCUUCCCCCCGUCCGACGAUGGCCGAUACCCCGCCUUCCGCCGCGGCGACCACCAGUUCGUCGCAGGUUCGUCGCCAAAAUCAAACGACAUUUUCUUCGAUCUGAUCUGCGAUCCCGCUUCCCCUUUUCCUUCCAAUAUUCUUCUUCCUCCUCUUCCAUCCAUGGCUCCUGCUGCUGCUGCUGCCGCGGCCGUGGUUUCGAUCUGCGCGAUCUGA